AUGCCUAAUGUUUUAAUCAUUGGUGGUUCUGGCUAUAUUGGCCUAGCCCUGGGAAAGUCACUUCUCCAAGCAGGCACCCAUACUGUUUGGGGAACUGCUCGAACACCCGAGAAGGCAAAGCUGCUACGCUCUAACGAGAUAAUUUCCGUCGAGCAAGACGUCACCAAUACUUUCACUCUUAGUGCAUUCAUUCUUGAUAAUUCUAUCAACAUCGUGGUAGAUACGUCCUCGGCGUAUGAAGCUGCGAGCUCUAUCCUUUAUGGAGUCAUUGACGCUGCAAUGACUCGGCAGACAGCUUUGGAGAAGGAAAAAAUAGCUAGCCCGAAGCUUGGCUUUGUCUAUACAUCUGGGGCGUGGAUCUAUGGCUCUCAAAAGACCCGCAUCAACGACCUUGCACCGGUCGACAGCUUGCAUUCUCAGGCUAAACCUGCCACGCCAGUUACAUGGCGUCCCGCCCAUGAGCAAGCUAUUCUCGCAGCGCGCGACAUGCUAGACGUUGCUAUUUUGCGCCCUCAUACUAUUUACGGCCGUGGGUCUUGGAUCUGGGGAACUUGGUGGGGUCCGCUAGCAGAAGCGGCCAAGUCGGGGAGUACCUCUCCUGUACAAGUGCCUGGUGCUCGUGCAGCUUGCCCUGGAACAGUACAUAUUGACGAUGUCGCUGCUGGUUUUCAUGCAGCUAUUGACCGUAUUGAUGGUCGGUUGGGCUCAUGGCCCGUCUUUGACCUCCUGACGGAGACGAUUCCUCUGGUGGCAAUUAUAGAGACUGUGAAGACGGUGCUGGGCGUGGAAGCGCCGCUUGAGUACAUUGGGACUCAGGGAGAUCCCCUUCUGGAAGCUCUGAGCUUGGUAAGCAAAUCGGAUGCCUCACGUGCGAAGACAGUUCUGGGAUGGAAUCCUAAACGAACGGAGUUCUUGUUGAAUCUACCUAUCUAUUUGAGGGCCUGGGAGGCGUCGCAGUGA